UAGCCGGGCGUCAGUCGGUCGCCGGCCGCGCGUUGAGCCGGGCGCGCGUGUGCUACUGAUGGCGCCCCGUGGCGGCCGGUGAGGCGCCGGCCCCGCCGACCGCCUCGGGUCGACGGGCCAGCCAGGCCAGACGGCCGUUCGUCCCAACAUGUCCUUGCUCAGCGUCACAGUAAAAAAGGCGCGCUAUGUUUCCAUGCAAGGAGUACAACAGUUCAACACUUACGUGACACUUAAACUACAGAAUGUCAAGUCUACGACGGUGACAGUUAAGGGUCCGACUCCAUGUUGGGAGCAAGACUUCCUAUUUGAAAUCAAUGACAUCAACCUGGGCCUCCUGGUGGAGGUGUGGAACAAAGGCGUGAUCUGGGACAAAGCCCUCGGCUACCACUACCUGCCUCUCACUUCCGUGGCAUAUAACGAGUCGGACGGUGGGGGGCGGUGGGUGGAGUUGGAAGCGCAGGUGAUGAUGCGAGGUGGCGCCGUCGUCGGCACCACGGGCCCCACUGGCAAUGCCUUGCUGUUGGACUGCAGGUUCGAGCCGCCUUUUGACGCUGAAGGCACGGGCGGGGCGGACCUGCAGCGCAAGUUGGAUCUGCUCAACGGAACGCUGGACGCGGAGAGAGCGGAGCAGGCUCGCAGGCAGAUGCAGUAUAUUGCUCAUUCGGGUUACUCCGAGGACUCGGACUACACGUCGGACCUCAACUACCCGGUGGGGCAGCACGCCAACUGCAGCGCGUCGCAGUUCCGCAGCGCUGCACACCAGAUGCACACUCCACAGAGAUCUUUGGAGGUAUCUCGUGAGAAUUCGUACGAGAGGGAGGAGUAUCACAUACACGGGGACACCGACCCGCUGUAUUAUAAUAGUCAGCCGCGGACCAACAGGAUAGACACAUGGUCACAGUUGCACGCACAAGUGAGCGUGGAGUCAGCGAUAUCAUGGCGGACCGCGGCUGACUGGCAGUCUGGGGAAGAGCAGCGACGGCCGAGUCUGGAGCGUCAGAACACGCUGUACGAUGACAACAUGCCUAUGUAUGGGUUCGAUAGCUACACCAGUAUCACGCACACUAGGGACCACUCGCAUUUAUCUCAGCAGCCCAGUUACGAGGAGUUCUACGACUCGUCCAGCUAUCCCUACCAGACGUCGUACGUCGGAGACGACUCGCGUCAAUGGGAUAGCGGAGGCCAGUACUUCUACGAUGACGGUCACGGACUCACCCCGACGGACUACGAGAAUAUUGUCAAUAAGAGAAGGUCUUCUGUUGUUCAGUUGCCGCAAGUGCCGCCUAAACCGUUGGUGCCCUCGUCUAGGUACUCCGACUACAAUGAGAUGGCCCCCUACAGGCCGCGGCCGCGACGGACUGCCGCCAGUCUUCCAGCCACGCCGUCAUCGACCCCCAAGCGGGGCCGCGCGCUCCCCGUGCCUCCGGGCAGCGAGUCCUCGGGCUGGUCCCGCUCGGGGCGGUCGCGUCGGCUGCCGCAGCCGCCGGCGCAGGCGCGUCCACGCCGCGCGCCCUCCGCCUCCACGCUUACGCACGUGCCUUACGUACCCGAACCUGAAAAACCUAUACCUGAUGUGAGUUAUGGUUAUGACAGCUUCGGGUUUCAGCAAGACUUUCAAGACACUGCCACUGAACCGUAUCCAGAUACUAAUUAUAAUAAUACGACGUAA